AACAUCCUGUUUUCAUCCAGCUCUCUGCUUCCCUUGCGGUCCUCUGCACUUUCUCCCUCUCUGGCCACAUGCAGCUGAAGGGCGAAGGCUAGCCACAAGAUGGAGAGCACUAAAGAAAAGAUCGUCCUGAACGUUGGAGGCAUCAGACAUGAGACCUACUGCAGCACCCUCAAAGCCUUCCCAGGCACCAAGCUGUGCCAGCUCACGGAGCCCCAGAGCCAUGCGAAGUUCGACUAUGACCCUGGCACCAAUGAGUUUUUCUUUGAUAGAAGCAACAGGGUCUUUGGUAAUGUGUUGAACUACUACAGAACCAAGCACCUCCACUGUCCGGCAGAGGUCUGUAAGUCCUUCUGGGAGGAGGAGCUGCUCUUCUGGGAAAUCCCUCACACCACGCUGGCCCCCUGCUGCUGGAUGAAGCUGGGCAACACCCAAGGCCCAGAGGAGGAGUUUCUUCUCAGGAGCGACAGCGAUAACCAUGAUGGAGACAGCUUGGCUCUCCUGGGCCGGGUGGAAAGAAGGGAUUACCACUUGUGGGCUCGGUGGCAGCCCAAAAUAUGGGCUCUCUUUGACAAGCCCUAUUCCUCUGCAGCAGCCAUGUGCUUGAUGACAAUUUCCCUGCUGUUCAGUGUUGGCAUCCUCAUUCUCUUUUUCAUAGAACCAAAGACCUACGUAGAUAUCAGCCAAUAUGAGGAUUCCAGAGGCGAUGACACAUUCCAUAUUGCUCCAAGAGCUUCUUUCCAAGAGGCCACCCACUUGCUCUAUGGAGAGCUCUUCUGCAUCCUCUGGUUCACAUUUGAGUUUUCCAUGCGACUCAUAUUCUGCCCAGACAAAAAGAAAUUCCUAACAAACCCUUUAAAUAUUACUGAUUUCCUUUCCCUGUUUCCAGUUUACAUUGAGCUCUUCUUAACUGCCCACUUGGAUAAAAUGCUGCACGUCUUACUCUGGCUGGGUCUGCUCCGGACCCUCUACAUUGUCAAGCUCUUGAAGAUCUUCAGGCUCCUGGAGACCCCUCUGAUGCUGCAGAUUCUGCCUUUUGCCUUCCAGUCCAUCUUGAAAGAGGCCUUCAUCCUCCUGAUGGUUUUUACCUUUGAAGUCCUUUUCUUUGGUGCCCUCUGUUAUCACGCCGACCUCCAUGAACCGGACUCCCACUUUGAUGGAAUGAUCUCUUCCUUCUACUGGGCAGCAAUCACCUUAACCAUGGUUGGCUACGGAGACAUCUAUGCCAUCUCCAAAUUUGGCAAAGUAAUCGCCUGCUGCACAGCAAUCUGCGGCAUCCUGACCAUCAUCAUCCCCCUCCCCAUCCUUUUGGUCAGGUUCCAGAACUAUUAUGCCACCGCCCUGCUGAAGGAGAAGUUGAAAAGCAGCAAGAGGAACAAUUAAG